GGCACAGUCUGUCUCUGGGCUGACUAAGCUCGGGAUACCCCCCUCCCCUUGUCCGGCUCCCUAAACCGGUCAGGGCCCUUCCAAAGGGCUUAUUAUAGGGGAGGGCCCCAUCUUCAUUCCUAUCUUCCUUUGAGGAUUUCCUGGGUCUUGGCCUUAGGGAGGCUGCUAUAUACAGGUGGCCAAGACGCCCGGCCCUCCAGGGGCACAGGAAUGGGGGCACGGGAGGCUGAGUGGGAGGUCUGGGCGCUGGGCUCUCGCUGGGUGGGGCCGGAGGGGCCAGGAUAGCCGGGUGCCUGGGAUGCGGGCGGGGCAGACUGCUGGCUCCCUCCUCCCUGGUGAGCUGUCGGACCUGUUGUACCCCCCCUCCACUUCCGGGCUGCUGGGGAGGGGGACGGGGCGGCCUCUCUCUCCUCCCUCCUUCCAGCCACCUGUUUCGCGCGGCGCAAGUCGCAGUGCCCAGCGCAGAGCCGGGGAGGAGACUAGCGACCUCCGGGGAUCUCCUCCCGGGGAGGAACGGAGGCGUUGGGGCCCCAGGUGCAUCCGGAGAGGGAGUCACUACGAGCCUGGAUCUUGGGGUGUGUGUCACCGUCGGGAGCCCUCCAGCCGAGCCCCAGUCCCGAGCGGGUCCCCUGGAAGCUUCAGGCCACGCCCUCAGAGUGUUCAGCGUUUGUCUCUGAACCUUUAGGUUCCGCCCCUGGGCACGCUCACCGAGCUCUAGACCACACCCCAAAGUCUCAAAACCACGCCCCGGAGCCCUGACCACGCCUACCAAAAGGAAUCCGAAGCGGCCAUGGGGACACCCAGCGCUUCGGAGGAGGGCUCCUCGUCGCCUCAGGUUCCGGAAUGCACCGCCGAGGUUCAACCUCAGGGGACCAUGCAGCCUCAGGGGCACCCCGAGGAGUCCCAAGAGCACGAGGAGCCCGAGGUCCCAGCAGAGCUUCCGAGCUGCCAAGGAACUGAGCGGCAGGCGGAGGAAGAGGAAGAAGUGGGAGAAGGUAGCAGCACCGAGAGCUGCCGCGAAGAGCCCGAGGCUACGCCUGCCGUGCAGAUUCCAGCCACUCCUUCCCCAUGUCUCCCUCCUGGGGAAGGGAUGCGAGGGGCGGCGCGGCGGCUGCGAGGACAGCAGCUGGAGGCACUGACCCGUGUGGCUCUGAUGGAGCAGCGUGUGAAGGAGUUACAGCGCCAGAAGAAGGAACUGAGGAUCGAGGUGAGCAUGGGGAGCCCUUGGAAAAUGAACCAGUGGGGGAACCUGCAAGGCCACUCUAAGCUGUUGGAUCUCUGAUAAUCAGGUGUUCCAGGCCCGGGGCCUCUUCCACAGGGCCAUUCCCA